AUGGGUUCUCUUUGGAUCGCAGGCAUACCUCGCCCGGAGUUGACAGAUGUUGAGAAGAUCGGGCCAUCCAUCACGAAUGUGGAGCAUUUGUCUUCUUAUAAUUGGAUUGAAUCGUCCAGCCCCACUAUUGCUGUCCCCGGCUGCCCGCCUCUUUGGUCUCCACCCAAAACCCCCAAAAAAGUGGCCAAAGACUCUGGGCUCAUUUACAUUGCUCAAAACGCGUUUCGACAUCCUGAAAGUCCGCUCGAACCACUUUUUCGCUCGCUGUACACUGAAAACCCUUCAUACAACAUACACCAAGUUGACUUGAUAACUGAUCGAAACAACGUCCGCAAACUUCUGUCGUUUAUCAAUCCAAAUCUCUCUAGAAAUGGACUGGAGCCUUUCACCAUUGAAAUUGAGGUCUCAAACAAUACGGCAAUUUUUUGUCGGGCAGAAACCGAAACACAUACAUUCAUCGGGCCACAUGACUUCAGGGGAUAUGGUCAUGAGUUUGAGAAAGCUUUCACAACAACCCAAGUAUCCGGCAGCACUGGACAUCAUCGGAUUAUCUCCUAUAACUUGGGCGAUAUGAAAUUCAUAGUACGCUACGAGACUGACGCUUACGUUGAAGAAACUUCGAAACUUCAACCUCAAAGUGUGGGUUCGGAAAAUGAUAAUUUUCUGAGCAUGAUGGAAAACCUGUCUCUUUCGCAACCCGAGACUCACUCUCGUCUUGCCACCAAGUCCAAAUUAGUGGUCCAGAAAAAAGGAAAACAGGUACCAAUCAAUACAACUCUUGAGAUCAAAACACGCGUGUCCCAUAAGCCUUUCAACGUCCAAGAUGUUCUUCCACAGCUAUGGGUAUCGCAAACACCCAAUCUUGUCCGUGCAUACCACAAUUAUGGCACAUUCGGACCGCCGGAAGUCAAAGAUGUCACUCGUGAGAUUGCUGAAUGGGAACGAAACCAUGCUUAUGACCUUCGGAGAUUGGUUGUAUUGGUCAAGGAAAUCAUUAGAGUGGUAAGAGAGAAUGGUGGGAAUGCUGUCAUAAAAUAUGACGGUCGAAGUGACAGCCUUGCGGUUUUGAAGAGAGAAGGGAGCAGAAUGUUACCGGAUGAUCUUUAUUUGAGACUCCGUGAUGAAACGGGGCCGACUUGA